AUGCUGUCCUCUGCCCGGGUCGCCGACAUGGGCCUUCGGCUCGUCGGGCGCGCGGCCGAAGAGUCUGACCCCGAAGGGGGCGACUCGGCGCAAAAGGAGCUCUUCGCCGCCUGGGCCCUCUUCAUCUCCAUCAUGCUCCUCAUCGCCGCCUUCUUCACCAGCUACAUGCUCCAGAUGAAAAAGGUCACGGCCGUCCACGAGACCGUCAUCUCCAUCUUUGCCGGAAUGAUUGUCGGCCUCGUCCUCCUCGUCACGUCGGGCGACUCGAUCCGAAACCUCAUCAGCUUCGACUACCAAAUCUUCUUCAACCUCCUCCUCCCCCCCAUCAUCCUCUCCUCGGGCUACGAACUCCACCAGGCCAACUUCUUCCGCAACAUCGGCACCAUCCUCACCUUUGCCUUUGCCGGCACCUUUCUCUCCGCCGUCGUCAUCGGCCUCAUCCUCUGGCUCUUUACCCAGAUCCCCGGCACCCUCAAAAUGACGUUUGUCGACGCAAUCUCCGUCGGUGCCACCCUCUCCGCCACCGACCCCGUCACCAUCCUCGCCAUCUUCAACACGUACAAGGUCGACCCCAAGCUCUACACCAUCAUCUUUGGCGAGUCCAUCCUCAACGACGCCAUUGCCAUUGUCAUCUUCGAGACGGCCCAGAAGUACAACAAGGGCGAGGCCAGCAGCUACGGCAUCCUUAGCUUCUUCGAGGGUACCGGCAUCUUCCUGCUCGUCUUUUUCGGCAGCCUGCUCAUCGGCGUCGUCGUCGGCGUCGGAACCGCCCUCCUCUUGAAGUUUACCUACCUGAGGAGGCUGCCCAAGAUUGAAAGCUGCCUCAUUGUCCUCAUUUCCUACGCCACCUACUUCUUUUCGCAUGGCGUACACAUGUCUGGAAUCGUGUCGUUGCUCUUCUGCGGCAUCACUCUCAAGCACUACGCCUACUUCAACAUGUCGAGACGCACGCAGCUCACCACGAAGUACAUCUUCCAGGUCAUUUCGCAGCUGUCGGAAAACUUCAUCUUCAUCUACCUCGGGCUGGCCCUCUUCACGGAUAAUGCGCUGCAGUUCCAGCCCCCGCUCAUCAUCGUUACCGUCCUCGCCGUCUGCGCCGCUAGAUGGGUCGCCGUGUUCCCCCUGUCCCGGGCCAUCAACUGGUUCAUCCGAUACCGCGCCCGCCGUAGGGGCGUGGAGGUCAACGACGAACUCCCCUACAACUACCAGGCCAUGCUCUUCUGGGCCGGCCUCCGGGGCGCCGUUGGCGUCGCCCUGGCCGCUCUUCUCACCGGCGAGAACUCGUACGCCCUCAGGGCGACCGUCUUGGUCGUCGUCGUGCUCACCGUCAUCAUAUUUGGCGGCACCACGGCUCGCAUGCUGGAGAUUCUGGGCAUCCGCACCGGCGUCGUCGAAGAAAUCGACAGCGACGACGAGUUCGACAUCGAGUCCUUUGGCGGCGGCAUCCAGGCCAAGCGAUCGGGCGCCGCCCUUGGAUACAACCCACGCCGGAACGGCAACGUGGCCCUCAACAACCUCGAGGUCCGGGGAACCCGCUCCGCCUCCUACGUGUCCGGCCACUCGUCACCCCUGCCCGGCAGCCUGAGCCGUAAGAACUCAAACGGCCGCAGCCAGGACGACGAGUUUGAGCGUGCCGACCUCCUCGGCCGUAGCCAGACCGAGGACUCGGACCUCGGCAGCGACAUCGACACGUCCGACCUCCCUCCGCCCGCGCGUCGUUCCCCGCACUCGCGCACCAGCCCCAACCACCCGCCCCCGCCCGACAGCGCCUUCAUGAGCCCGUCAAGCGACCCCCCCGCCGCGCCGCCCAUCACCGCCACCGGCGCCAUCAGGCAGCUGUUCAGCGCCGAGGACCCGGCCGGCCUGUUCCGCCAGCUGGACGAGGACUUUAUCAAGCCGCGGCUGCUGCUCCACGGCGACGGCAGGGGCGGGGGAGGAGGAAGUGGAGGGGGAGGGGGAAGUGGCGGCGCAGGGGGAUCAAGUUGA